UCAAUGGAUAGGUUCAUUUGGACAGAUGGAAUAUUUCUCGCAUUCGAGAAGCCUACUAUUCAGCAGCCUGGUGUAAGGAUAUACGACGGAGAAAACAAAACUGCGUUUGAUUCUGGAACACUGAGACUGACAUCUCACAGAGUAAUGUGGGACGAUGAUGAAAAUGAAGGUCGUGCUUUGGCUCUACACCACUCGUUGGUGAAGAGACUUGAAGAGUCAGCGUCUACUUUCACUAGAAGUGCAAAAAUUAUAGUUCAUCUUGAUGCACCACUAUCUCGCUGUGAACAAGGCCCAUGUGUGCAAAGUCAAUUUUCCUACAUCAGGCUGUCAUUCAAGAAAGGUGGACAAGCAGACUUCUACUCUUUAUACAAGCAAGAGCUACUGAACAAAGCAUGGGAAAUUAUUCAGAAACCAACCGAAGAAAGGGCAGGACAAAAAGAAACAAAACCAAGUGGGAGAUUUCGAGCAGGUAUAGUCGGGAUAGAGCGAAGCAUGCAAGAGAAGAAACGAGCUACUGACAAACAGAUGUCACAGGCUUUCCAAGAUCUCGACAAACUCAUUGAAAGGGCCAAAGAUAUGGUGACGCUCGCAGACAGAUUUGCAUCAAAGCUCGAAGAGAAGCAAGGAGCUGUUUCAGAAGAUGAGACGGUGGCGUUUAAGUCCUACCUUCUCAGUAUUGGCAUUGCAAACCCUGUGACAAGAGAAACCCAUGGGUCAGGAGGAGCAUAUCACAGAGAACUUGCAAAACAACUCGCUCAGUUUUUGAAGAAUCUUUUGCAGGAGAGUGGUGGCAUCAUGAGUUUAGCCGACGUUUAUUGUCGUUUCAAUCGUGCAAGAGGAAUGGAGUUGGUGUCCCCAGAUGACGUCUCUAGCGCUUGUAAACUGUUUGAACAUCUACGUUUACCACUGAGGUUAAAAAAGUUUGACAGUGGAGUACUAGUGGUUGAGCUCGUGUCACACAGCGAGGACGCAGUAAUUGGAGACACAAGACAGUUGGCAGAAAGGAAUGGUUCUCUUACUGCUGAAGAACUUGCUCGAAUAGUGAGUAUUUCGGUGUUACUUGCAAAGGAGAGGCUUCUACUGGCAGAACGCAAAGGGCAGUUAUGUCGUGAUGAUUCUAUUGAGGGUUUAAAAUUCUAUCCUAAUCGUUUUACUAGAGCUUGAAUAAUUGUGAUAUGUAUAGCUAUUGCAAUUGCCUGUUGACUAUAAUUUAAUUAUGAAUUUAAGGAACAUUUGCUUUUAGACUGUGUUGCUUUGUCAGUGUUCCAAAUUUUAUGGCGGAAGUAGUCGUCACCUUGGCAACAAAAUUUUCAGUCGCCAAGGAGUUUAGGACUGUUACAUAUAUUUCAUAAAUAUCAAAUAGUGAUACUGAUUGUUCUGGUAAGUAAACAAUAUCCCAGGACCCCAGAAGUGCCACCCCCAGCCCAACCUUAGCAAUUUCACUAUU